CUAUUUAUAAUCCAUUGGCUCACGAGGUGUUGGACUUCAUAAGAGUACCACUUAUUGACACAAACUUUGAGAUAAUUGAUGCCAAGGGGGAAGUCAUUGAAUCACAGAUUGAAGCGAUUCCGGCUUACAUUCAAGUGCUUCCGGACCGCAAAUCUAAGUUUGAGUCCAAAUAUGAGUUAUUAUUUGAGGCAUUCCUACGACCACUCGCUUUCACUAAAUACUAUUUACGCAAAAUAUCGACACAAAGAGAUCCACUUCCACAACAGGUUGUCGGUCAAGACGAUGACAAUGUCAGUGAUAUUAGCAUUUCAAACGACAUAUUGACUGUUAUUAUUGAUGGCAAGAGUGGGAUCUUAAAAGGCAUUCAAUCCAAUAAUUUUACAGUAAAUAUCAGACAAAACUUCGGUUACUAUACAAGAGGUAACAGUAAGCCUUCGGGUGCUUAUGCUAUGCACACCAAUGGAUCUGAUCCCG